UAUAUAUAUAUAUAUUAUAUAAUCCUCAAUCGAACUCCCAAUCGGGCAGCAAUGGCGAAGGUGGGCGUGGACUCCAUUGCCGGCGAUUUCGUUGACUUCCUCAACGCCUCCCCUACUGCCUUCCACGCAGUUGCGGAGGCGAAGCUACGCCUCAAGGAAGCGGGGUACGAGCACAUCUCGGAGAGGGAAGACUGGGUUCUGAAGCCUGGCGGCAAGUACUUCUUCACUCGCAAUCAUUCCACUAUCAUCGCCUUCGCCAUUGGUCAAAGAUUUGUUGCUGGGAAUGGAUUCCACAUCGUCGGGGCACACACUGACAGCCCCUGCCUCAAGAUCAAGCCUAUCUCCAAGGUGGUGAAAGGGGAGUUUCUGGAGGUGGGCGUGCAGACAUAUGGUGGUGGAUUGUGGCACACCUGGUUUGAUCGCGAUUUGACUGUGGCUGGAAGGAUUUUGAUUAAGCUGAAGAAGGAUGGCUCAGAUGUGUAUACUCACAAGCUUGUUCGAAUCCAAGAGCCCAUUAUGCGGAUACCUACUUUGGCUAUCCACAUGGAUAGGAGUGUUAUGGAAGGCUUCAAGUUUAAUACACAGAGUAAUCUUGUCCCUGUGCUGGCAACUUCAAUCAAGAAUGAGCUUCAGAAACUAGUUGGAGAAAAUAUUAUUGUUGACCAGAGUGAUUCUACCGAGAAAACAAAUCUCAGCAGCAAUAAGCAUCACCUUCUUUUGCUAAAGCUUAUUGCCGAUCAGGCUGGGUGUGAACCAGAUGAAAUAUGUGAUUUUGAGCUGCAACUAUGUGACACACAGCCAAGUAUUAUUGGUGGUGCUUUGAAGGAGUUUAUCUUCUCUGGCAGACUUGACAAUCUUUGCAUGUCGUUUUGCUCUCUAAAGGCAUUGAUAGAUGCAACAUCUGCUCAUGGUUCACUUGAUCAAGAAUCUGGUGUGAGGAUGGUAGCUUUAUUCGAUCACGAGGAGGUUGGAUCUAAUUCAGCUCAGGGCGCUGCUUCUCCUGCUAUGUUUGAUGCUCUAUCAAGAAUCACACAGUGUUUCAGUUCUGAUUCAAUGUUACUUGCCAAAGCAAUACAGAGGAGCUUCGUCGUAUCUGCUGACAUGGCACAUGCUUUGCAUCCAAAUUAUAUGGACAAGCAUGAGGAAAAUCACCAACCUAAGAUGCAUGGUGGUCUUGUUAUUAAGCACAACGCCAAUCAACGUUAUGCCACAAAUGCUAUAACCUCAUUUAUUUUCCGUGAGAUUGCAGACAAGCAUAAUUUACCCAUUCAGGAUUUUGUUGUCCGCAAUGAUAUGGCUUGCGGCUCAACUAUUGGCCCUAUACUUGCGAGCGGUGUCGGUGUCAGGACUGUGGAUGUAGGCGCCCCGCAAUUAUCGAUGCAUAGCAUAAGAGAAGUGUGUGCAGUAGAUGAUAUUAGGCAUUCAUACGAGCAUUUUAAGGCGUAUUUCAAUGAAUUCACACAACUUGAUGCGAAAAAUCAGCGUAGAUUAUUAAGUUCUUUUGAAUUUGCUUAUCACAUCACUGGAAUGGAUUUGUCUUUGUCUUAAAUAAUUCAUCAUUUGAAGGGACUUUUUGUAACUUAGCAAGAUAUUAUAAAUUUAUAAUAAGAUUGGGUGAAAUAUCUGACAUGA